AGCCCCGAGGCGGAGGAGGGCGCGGCUGGCGGUGCGCGGCUUUGGCGGUCCCUGAGUUGUGGUUCCCGGGGGGAGCGAGAGGCUCAGGAUGUCGAGGAACUUCUCUGACACAGGCAGCAGAAAAGAGCAUGUUAAAAUCACAAGUGAGCCCAAACCAGGGUUCCUGGAGCGGCUCAGUGAGACUUCUGGAGGCAUGUUGAUUGGACUUGUGACAUUUCUUCUGGCUUUCUACCUUCUUUUUACCAAUGAAGGACGAGCUUUAAGGACAGCCAAGUCUCUCGAUGAGGGCCUUUCUCUUGUGGUCCCUCUUGACAGCAUCCACAGUAUCUCUCAGCAGAAUGAGGGGAGACUGGUACACUUGGCUGGAGCUCUGAGUACAUCUAAGCCUUUGUUUGACCCCAGCUAUGGGCUCUCCAUCCAAGCUGUCAAACUUAAGCGUAAUGUGGAAAUGUACCAGUGGGUUGAAUAUGAAGAUUCCAAGGAAUAUGAGGAGGAUGGUGAGAUUAAGAAAGAGACAAAGUAUUCAUACAAUACAGAGUGGAAAUCGGAAGUUGUGAACAGCAGAAACUUUGAUCGAGAAAUUGGACACAAAAACCCAAGUGCCAUGGCUGUGGAGUCUUUCACUGUUGUUUCUCCUAACGUCCAGGUUGGCAGCUUUGUUCUUUCCAAGGGUCUCGUGGAUAAAAUUGAUGAUUUCAAGCAGUUGAGCUUGUCACACCUGGAAGAUCCCCAUGCUGAUGUUACCCGAAGAGAAGAUUAUUUCUAUCACAGCGACAACCCCAGGCGUCCAGAAGUAGGAGACCUUCGUGUCUCUUUCUUCUAUGCAGGUCUGAGUGGAGAUGAUCCCCAUUUGGGCUCUGCUGAUAAGGUGACUGUGAUUGCUCGGCAGCGAGGUGAUCAGCUGGUUCCAUAUCAUACCAAGUCUGGAGAUGUUCUGGAGAUUCUGUACCCUGGGGACCUCUCUGUGGAGGAGGUGUUUCAGAAGGAGCAUGAGAGUAACACCAUGAAGACCUGGGCCCUCCGUGCAGCUGGCUGGCUCUCAAUGUUUGUGGGCAUCAGCCUGAUGACCAGGAUCUUUUACACGUUAGUGGACUGGUUUCCUGUUGUGAGGGACCUGGUUAACGUUGGCUUGAAGGCGUUUGCCGUGUGUGUGGCCAGCUCGCUGUCCCUGCUGACCAUCUCCGUGGGCUGGCUCUUCUACCGCCCGCUCUGGGCCCUGCUCCUCGCGCUGCUCUCCAUUGUCCCCAUCCUGGUGGCCAGAUCCCGUGUUCUGCCCAAGAAGCAGCAGUGACAAGGAGGUGGUCGGGUCUUGAGCUGAAUCCUGACCUUAAAGGAAGUAUUUCCCCCUUGAGACAGAAAGGCCAGAACUCUACCUCACCACUGAUUUGGGUAAGCUAUGGAUCAAAGCAGGCAUCAGCAUUCCUUUGGCCACCUCUCUGCAGACAAAUAAAAAGCAGCUGGAUGCUUUAGUUCUGAGCAAGCAGGGAAAAAUGAAAACGAGAAAAAUGGGAAAAGAGACUGUUGAUGACAGGAGUGCCUCAGGAAACUCAACUAUUAGUGCUGAGUGAUACAAAAGAGAGCAAAAACCCCAACAAAGCAAAGUGAUCUUAGAAGGUGCAGCUCUUUUCCCAUGUCCAAGGACAAAAGGAAAAAUCUGAUAAUGAAGUGAUACCUGUGAUCUCAAAGGAAACUAGAUACUGAAUUAGGUUGGUCCCUGACAGCUCAGAAACACAAGUGCAGAGAAAGACCCUAAGGCCCUAACUGGUAAAGGAUACUUCUAUCCUUUAUGUUUCUAUGUUUCCUGCAUCUGAAAACACCAAAGCAAAGCCUGUCAUCACAAUUUCUCAAAAGGGAACAA